AGCUGAAUUUGAAGAUGAAGCUUCUUCAAGUGAAGAAGAAGAUAAUAUAAUUUUACAAACUGUUUUAAUACAAAGGUCAAACACAAGAUAUUUAAAUUCUGAAUAUACUAUAAAUAAACCUCAAAUUUGUGUUGAACUUCAAUUAGCUGUAUUUCUUUGUCGACUUAGUUCUACUAGAAGUUUAUUUGCAGUUAGUUCACAAUUUGAAAUAGGAGAAGGAACAGUAAUUCUUUAUAUUAAACGAGUUAUUCAAGCAAUUGUGAUACAAAAAGAAACUUUUGUCAAGUGGUCUACUUUGGAAGAAUGUAAAAAAGUUCAUAAAGGGUUUGAAGAUUUAGGAGGGUUAAAAAAUAUAAUUAAAGCAAGGGAUUUUGAUGUAGGUUGGCCUGCUUCAGUACAUGAUGCUCGAGUUUUUAGAAAUUCUUCUUUUUAUAAAGAUUAUUCUAAUCUUAUUAAAGGGAAUGAUUAUCUUUUAAAUUUUAACCACUUUCAUUCAUCUCAUCAAGUUGUAGUAGAAAAUGCUUUUAGAAGAUUAAAAGCAAGAUUUAGGGUAUUAAGGAAUCUUGAUAUUAAAACAGUUAAAAUAGAAGUUUUAUUUACAUUAUGUGUAAUAAUUUUAUAUAAUUUCUUAGAAAUUAAUAUGGAUAUUUGGGAAGUUACUUUUAAUGAUAAUAUAGAUUAUGAAAAUGAUGAUAUAUCAAAUUAUAUAAGAGAAAAUGAUGAUGUAUUAAAAAAAGCUGAACAAACUAAAAGAAAUUUGAAUUUUUAUCAACAUUUUUUAUAA